GGCAAGUUUCUCCUCUUUUUGUAUCCAUUUAAUAAAUUUCUCAAGUUGCUUAUCUUCACUAAAACAAAUUGAGAUUUUUGCCAUUUAAAAAGGGACUGAUAUUUGUAAUUAAAAGAUAACCAGGCUUCUCUCAAGGAAUGGAAGCUGAAUAUGCUCUCUUGUCUUGCUCCCUUUUCCAGUCUUAAACACUCAAAUGUGAUUGAAGCUGAGAGUACUUUUUCAAAUUUUAAAAUUUUACUGCUAUCAUUGACUUUCUCCUUUAAAAUAUCUUUCAACCUUUUCCCCUUUUAUGAUUGAGCCCGUGAACUCAGCUCCGCACAUAAAUUUACUGAGCAUCUACUCUGUGUCUAGCAGUGUUAAGUGUUUUUGCUGCAGAAAAAGAAAGGAAAUAAAAGACAAGCCUUUACUCUGAAGGUGUUGGCAGCUUAAAUGAGAGAAAUUGAUAUAAGUUGCUGCUAAAGAGAUGACAAAGGAAUGUUAACACCAUGUUCUGUUUGUUCAUCAUGACUUUAGCUUCUGUCAUACACUUAUUGAUUUAGCAAAUAUUUAUUGAAUGAUGAAUACAUGUCAGGCACUGAUCUAGGCAUUGGUGAGGUUGAAUUGACUCUAACUUAUGGGGAUCCUAUGUGUGUAAGAGUAGAACUAAGUUCCAUAGAGUUUUCAGUAGCUGAUUUUUCUAAAGUGGAUUGCCAUGCCUUUUCUCUGAGGCACCACUGGGUGGACUCAACCUCCAAUCCUUUGGUUAGCAGCCGAGCAUGUUAACUGUUUGCGCCACACAAAUGCAGUGAGUCAAACAAAAUCCGUCUCCUCAUGAAGCUUAGAAAAUAUGUUUUAGCUCUAUAUACCAAUGCUAACAAAUGGUAUAAUUAGGGUUAGGAAUCAAGUCUCCUGAUUUUUAUGCCAGUGCCCUUUUAGAAGCCCUGCAGUGACUCCAUAUAUAAAAAUAAAUCCCUAAUAUCAAAAGCAAGCAUCCUAACAAAGAAAAACAGGAUAUACACAAAUACAGUGAAAUCCUAUGAUAAUGUGCUCUGUAACAAUGAAAAUUUGGGUAACCUUGCAAUUAUGUGAUCCAACAUUAUCACUGAAUUUUUUUAACUCCAUUUACAGCAUUAUUGUCGGAUUUUGCCGUGGGUGUUGUAUGAUGUACUUUGGGCUUAAUCAUGGAAAGAGUUUUUAGGAAGAUUGAAAAGAACAGAUGGCUUCUAGGUGUCUACCUUUCUGUACCCAUUCUCAUCAUAGCAACCAUAAUAGCUGUGAAAUGGAAUAGUUUGAAAAGUCGGUUCACAAAGGAAGAGGAGGCACCAAAUAACGAAUCCAGAUCAGAAAGCAGUGCUCACACACGUGCCAGCAGAUCUAUAUCACAGGAAAGCACUCAAACAUAUACCAGUAGCAACUAGUAAUUCCUUCAGAAGGCAAUGGAUAUUACUGAGAGUCUCACUGAGAAAUGAAAAUCCUCCCCUGGUCACAGCUGAAGGAAGCAAUAAACUGAGAUUCUUCUAUAGAAUAUUUGAUCAAAAUGUCCAGUAAUGGUAGCAGGGCACCAUCCAGUUCUUCGGGUCUCACGGCAAAGGAGGUUCAUGGAGGCCACGGCUAAUGGCAUUCUAUUCCUCCUCCGAUUCCUGAUUCUCCUUCUUCAUCUGUUGCUCCAGAUUGCUUAUAUCAUUAAAAUAGAAGGAAGACAAUAUUUAAUCCAUCUCAAAAAGCAGUCAUUUCUAUCUUUGGCUUCUGUUGUUUCUUCUUAUGACAAAAAGGAUACCCUACAUUCUAAGUCUUUAAUAGUUCAGAUGGAUUGCAAUUAUCAAGGAUAUGUUGCGGGCUUUCCAAAUUCACUUGUGACACUCAACACUUGUUCAGGACUCAGGGGAAUUUUGCAGUUUCAAAACAUCUCAUAUGGAAUUGAACCAAUGGAGGCCAUAUCAGGGUUUGUGCAUAUGAUUUAUGAAGAGAAAAAUGAUAACAUUAAUGUUCCUCUCUUACGGGACAGUGACAUUUCUGCUUGGUCUAAUGAUUUACAGUCUAAAGCCAGAAAAAGCUCAAAAAGAACUGAAUUUUCCAACUUAUCACCUCGAUACAUUGAAAUGCAUAUUGUCGUGGAUAAAAAUUUGUUUGAUUACAUGGGCUCUGACAUAAAGGUCGUAACACAGAAGGUUAUUCUGAUCGUUGGCCUUGUUAACGCUAUGCUAGCCCAGUUAAAAUUGACUGUUAUAAUAUCUUCCAUAGAAAUCUGGUCAAAUAAAAACCAAUUUUCUACUACAGGACAGCCCAGUGAUUUAUUAAUUAGGUUGGUCGAAUGGGAAGGCAAAUAUCUUGUACCUCAACCCCAUCAUAAUACAUACUUUUUUGUAUUUAGGAAGUAUCCUAGUUUUAUAGGAACCACGUUUCCUGGAAAAAUGUGUUACAAGACUUAUGCCAAAGGAGUUGCUUUGAUUUCCAUUGAUCUUGUUCAGAGGAAGGGGCAGCUUUUUGAUGUUAUGACAGGCUAUGCCAUUUUUCUUCCCCCACUUUUUCUGGAACCUCAGUCCGAGGUUCAAGAAUGCAAUAAAGUUCAUACUUUGAUGGCGCUUACCUCAAUCAGAGGAUUUCUGAAGGGGACGUGGAGUGCAAGAAGUGCAAUACAGUGGAUCUCCAGUGGUGCCAACCAGCAGUCCAGGUCUCCUGGGGAUCCGAUGAAGAGUUCACUAAAGAAGACCCUGCUCACGCUGCGCCAGCCUGCUGUAGUGAAACAACUUUUACCAAAGCCUUCUGCCACAAAGACAUUUUUAUCGUGA